UUGACUUACGAAGUAAGAAGGAAACUUCAUACUGGGGAUUCGAAAUGAAUAUUCUACUUGUGAAUUUAUAUUUAUUUAAGCUUAGAAGAAUCUCCUUUAAGGCACUAAUUGCUUGCUGGUUGCUAAGAGCAGAAAUGCCCUCCCCACUGAAUUCUCCAACACCAUGUUUCAUCUGCUUUUCACUUACCUCCAUUCUUUUAAUUGUCUGCCAUCUUGGAUACAUCACCGGCACAGCAGUAGAUGACAACUCCACCAUCAUUGGGGCAAUCAUUGAUGCUAAUUCUCGUAAAGGUAAAGAGGAAAUAACCGCCAUCAAGAUAGCUGUGGAUAAGUUCAAUAACAAUUCCAAGAAUCAUAAGCUCUCUCUUAUCUCCCGGAACUUCACCGGAGAACUCUAUGGGGCGGCCUUAACUGCUGAAGAACUGAUUAAAGAGAAGAAAGUGCAAGUGAUUGUGGGCAUGGAUACAUGGCAGCAAGCAGCUUUAGCUGAUGAAAUCGGAAACCAAGCUCAAGUACCAGUUCUUUCAUUGGCGGCAGCCGCGAGUGUCCGGCCAUCGAGGCAGCUUGGAAGGUCCACCCUGAUACAAAUGGGCACCAAUGUUUCUGAACAAAUAAGGUGCAUUGCAGCUAUCGUUCACUCCUAUCACUGGUGAAGGGUCAUCGCAAUCUAUGAAGAUGAUGCGUACGGUGGGAACGCUGAGAUGUUAACUAUUUUUUCUGAAGCUCUUCAAAGAGUUGGCUCCGAGAUUGAGUACCAUUUGCCUCUUCCUCCCAUAUCAUCUCUAUCUGAUCCAAGAGGAGCUGUCCAUCAAGAGCUCUUGAAGCUUCUGAGCACACGAUCCAG